UGAGGUAAACUCUCAGAGAACACACCACAGUACGCUGACAAACAUACCGGCAUUGUUCUCCACAACAGGUAUUUUGGGGGAAUCCAAAAGAAUAGUACAAUAGCAAGGAAUAAAAGACUCAUCUCAUAGAAAAUACUCAAUGCACCAAGGAUUUUAAGUAGAAGCUGCACAAAGGUUGAGGAAGACAUUAAAGACGCAAGUGGACGUAACAAACAAACAAAGGAUCUUUAAUGGAUAAAAAGUACCCCAGAAUUGUGGAUUAAAGAAUUAUAGAUCAAGAGGUGGACUACAGAUUAUUUUCCCACUGAGAAUUUGACUCCUUGUUCCUUGCGUGGGAUCAGGUUGUUGCUUGCCAGCCAACAUUGAGGCGCGACAAGUGUGGUGUUUUUUUCUCAUCCUUCUGAAGACCGAUUAGACUGAAAACAGGUCUGAUUAUUUAGUUCUCUCAAAUUUCAUUGACUACCAAUCUUGGUAGCACCUGCCCUUUAACUUAACCACAUUCAACCUCCUUCAAAUGUACUUAUUCAAAGGGAGAGAUUUUGAAGACGUUUGUUUUCAUCAAAACAGUUGUAAUUAAACCCUUGCUUUCCUUUUAUUUUCUGUGUGUAUGGCAUGAGCAGAGUCGUGUAGAAGUGUCGGGUAGAAGAGAAAAGGCAAGCAGUGGCUGGGGGAUUAAAGUAGUAGAGGAAGGGAGGAGACGAGAGAUAAACAGAGGGAAUUAAAGGAGUAAACAUCUCUUAGUGUCUACUGUUGAUCUAAACACAUCUCAUCACAAAUCACAGAGGCGCAGUUGUUAGUGACAGACCUGUGAUACGUGUAAGACAAACAGUUUGGCAUACACAGACAGACGGGACAUGCAAAUUGUCUGAGACAUACAGUAACAGUCCUCUGUGGCGUGUGUACGUGCACUUUGGGUGUGCGUUGCAGAAUAUUAUUUGCUCUCUUGUGGACUGAAGAACAUAGAAAAAUCAACCAAAGACUUGUAGGUUAGAAAUAGAGAGAAUAGAAAAGCACCCGGGUAGAGCUUCUUCCACUAUGGCAGCGGACACCUUGGAAGAUCUCUGUUCAACCACACAGAGCUUUGACAGACCGGAUGGUUUCAGAACAUACGUCUACACCCACAGCUGCCCGUGCACAGGAAGAAGACACAUCCAUGACAACAACAGCAAGUACACCUACAGGUGCCUUCUCCAACUCCCACUCUUCCCUAUAGCUCUACUCCUCGUCCCCUUGCUGCUCUGUAUCUGGGGCCACCAGGCCCAAGGAGUCGUCCACUCCAGCUUCCGCCGCCUCAGCAGCCGAGAAAAGAAAGAGAUGCAGAGGGAGAUCCUGUCCAUCCUGGGUCUACCGGGUCGGCCCAGACCCCAUCCUCCCCUCCGACCGCCCUCUUCAGCCCCCCUCUUCAUGCUGGACCUGUACCACGCUGUGUCGGCCGAGGGGGAUGAGGGAAACGGAAUAGGGGAUUGGGCAGGGGGUCUGGGGUUCGGCGUUGUGGAUGGGUUGACGGGCCACAUCAGCCAUGCCGCGCUGCCCACGCUUAACACAUACACGGCGCCACUGGGGAUGGUGGUCAGCGAGGCAGAUACGGUCAUGAGCUUCGUCAACCUGGUGGAGCAGGAGCGGGACCUGCUGCAGCCGCGGCCGUACUGGAAGGAGUUCCGUUUUGACCUGACGCCCCUCCCCCAGGGGGAAACAGUGACAGCUGCAGAGUUUCGCAUUUAUAAGACCCUGACCAUGGGCCAGAGGGCCAACCGCACCCUGCACAUCUCCGUCUACGAGAUCCAACGGGAGAACAAACACAGAGAGCCAGAGCUGGUGCUGCUGGACAUGCAGUCGGUGCCUGCGGGGCAGGAGGGCUGGCUGGCUUUUGACGUGACCUCGGCCAGCAACCGCUGGCUCCUGCACCCCCGCAGCAACCUGGGCAUCCGGCUCUAUGUGGAGACAGAGGAGGACCGGUCCCUGUCAGCUGGGUGGGUAGGAUUGGUGGGUCGUAGGGGCCCCCGCUCCAAACAGCCCUUCAUGGUGACCUUCUUCAGGGCCAGCCAGGCCCCCUGUCGCCCCCCACGCGCCCUGAAACCCAACCCCCGCAAGAAGAAACCCAAAUACGACCUGCCCCUGCCCAGUAUACAUGGUGAGGUCCUACAAGAUCACAGCCACGUCAACAGUGGGCGUCAGGCUUGUAAGAGACAUGAAUUAUAUGUGAGCUUCAGUGACCUAGGCUGGAAGGACUGGGUCCUGGCUCCUACGGGUUACUCUGCCUUCUAUUGUGAUGGAGAAUGCCUCUACCCUCUGGGUUCCUGCAUGAAUGCCACCAACCACGCUAUGAUCCAACUAGUGGUUCACCUUCUGAAACCGGAUGAGGUUCCCAAAGCGUGCUGCGCACCCACCAAGCUCAGUCCCAUCUCUGUACUCUUCUACGAUGACAAUAACAAUGUGAUCCUAAAGAAGCAUCGCAACAUGGUGGUCAAGACCUGUGGAUGCCUGUGACACCUAUGGUAGCACAUCUAUCAAUUCUACACCAUUUUAAUCAAUUUGACUGCCAUUGUCCCAAAAGAUACAAACGAGGUAAUAUAACUUGCAACCAGUAGUUGAUAGCAAUAAUCUGACAAUAUGCUGAUAAAUAGUAUGUAUCUAAUAUAUUGAUUUUGAGUCAGAGAUUGGUAUAUGAACAACACCCAUUGCCUCCUUCUUAAAGAAAUCCUCAAUUAUUAUCUUCACAUUGGACUUAUAACCAUAAUUCACUCUUAAUUAACUAAACUAUUCAAAUCUACAGUAAUUCAGAUAAUUACAUCACCCUUUCAUGUAAUAUAUUCUGUGACCAAUCAAAGCUGCAAAGUACUGUAUUAGAACUUCAAUCAAUGCUAAAAUUCUACCCUUUUGAUGGCUAUAGUAUCUUGUUGAACCAUUAAUUUAUCAGUCUCUUUUAGAUGUACUACACAUGGUUAAAUAAAAAAGCUAAAUAUAUGGACCAUAAAUGCUUUGCAAAGAUUACACGUUUUUUUCCCUUCUUUAAUUAUACUUUUAACCAGUACAAGUUAGUAGCAAUGGAAAAUGUCAAAUUAUUUGCCAUUUUUAUAUGUACAGAGGAUCCAAUACACAGUGAUGUAUGUCCUUGUCAACAGAUUUCUGGAGGACUGUAUACUGCUAUAUUUGUAAUAAAAUAAUAAACUAUACUGAACAAAAAUAUAAACACAA